AUGUACAAACAUGACCUUAUAAAUGCAUCUGCUUCAAAAAUUGUCACCAGUGUCAACUUCAAGCCAUCUAUGGGGAGGGCCAGGAGAGCAACUUGUCUGGCGCCCUGGGUCGUCGGCCUCAUCGUCUUCCUGUCCCUGAUUGUCCUGGCGGUGUGCAUCGGACUCACGGUUCACUACGUCAGACACAAUCAAAGGAAGACCUACAAUUACUACAGCACAUUGUCAUUCACAAGCGACAAACUCUAUGCUGACUUUGGAAGAGAGGCUUCUAAAAAUUUUACAGAGAUGAGCCAGCGACUUGAGUCAAUGGUGAGAAAUGCAUUUUAUAAAUCUUCACUAAAGGGAGAAUUUGUCAAAUCUCAUGUUAUCAAGUUCAGUCAAGAGCAACAAGGGGUUCUGGCUCAUAUGCUGCUGAUCUGUAGAUUCCGUGCUACUGAGGAUCCUGAAACUGUAAAUUAUAUUAUUCAACGUGUUCUACAUGAAAAACUGCGAGAUGCUGUGGGACCCCCUAAAGUAGAUCCAGAAUCAGUUGAAAUUAAAAAAAUCAACAAGACAGAAACUGACAGCUACCUGAACAAUUGCUGUGGGACUCGGAGGAGCAGCCCCACAGGGCAGAGCGUGCGCAUCGUGGGCGGGACGCCGGUGCAGGAGGGCGAGUGGCCGUGGCAGGCCAGCCUGCAGUGGGACGGGAUGCACCGCUGCGGCGCUGCGCUCAUCAACGCCUCGUGGCUGGUGAGCGCGGCUCACUGCUUCUCCAUGUAUAAGGACCAUACCAGAUGGACUGUUUCCUUUGGAGUAACUCUAAGACCUGCAAAAAUGAUACGAGGCCUCCGGAGGAUAAUUGUCCAUGAAAACUACAAAUACAUGUCACACGACUAUGAUAUUUCACUAGCAGAGCUCUCUAGCCCUGUCCCCUACACAAACAUAGCCCACAGAGUCUGUCUCCCUGACGCCUCCUAUGAGUUUCGUCCAGGUGCUGAGAUGUUUGUGACAGGAUUUGGAGCAGUGCACAAUGAUGGCGUCACGCAAAAUCACCUUCGGCAAGCGGAGGUGACUCUCAUAGACAACAGAAUCUGCAAUGAACCUCAGUCCUACAACGGUGCUGUAACUCCUAGAAUGUUAUGUGCCGGUUUCUUAAAAGGAAAAAGAGAUGCUUGCCAGGGUGACUCUGGAGGACCACUGGUCAGUGCUGAUGCUAGAGAUAUCUGGUACCUCGCUGGGAUAGUGAGCUGGGGAGAGGGCUGCGCCCUGCCCAAUAAGCCCGGCGUUUACACUAGAGUUACUGCCUUCCGUGACUGGAUCACCGCCAGAACUGGUAUCUGA